AUGAAUAAAUUAUUGAUAGAGCAACGUGACGUCAUACGUCAAAUUCAGAGAACGCUGGAAAACUUCCGGAAGAUGGGUCAGUCGAAUUUUACCGUCAGCACCAUUCGCAACCGGCAAACCUUACUAAAAGAGAGGUGGGAAAAAUGCCAAACUCUAAAUGCUGCUAUUAUGGCCGCGGCCUCCGCUGAGGAAUUGGAAAAACUGCCUUACUUCCGGGAUGACGAGAUGCAGUCGACAGAAGACAGCUACCUCGAAGCCUUGGACUUCUUCGCCGAACGCCUGGAUGAGCUGGUCCCUUCCGUAUCUAAUCCCAAUGUUACGGUCAAUUCUUCGGCUUCAUUAGUAGCUUCGUAUGAUUCUCUAACGGACGUGCAAAGACUGCACUACCUAAAAUCUAGCGUGGCUGGCGAGGCUAGCUUAAUCUUAAAAAAUAUAUCGGUCACCGAAGCUAAUUACAAAACAGCUUGGGCAGAAUUGUUGCAGCGUUACGAAAAUAAAAGGAUGAUCGUAUCUACAAAUUUACGAGCCAUUCUCGAUUUGCCGUCGAUGAAAUCCGAGCACGCCGCCGAACUCAAACGCGUUUACGAUACUGUAAACGAUUCGAUUCAUGCGUUGAAAAAUCUUGGCCGAACGGUGGACGAUGAUUUCGUGGUCGCGAUAGUAGAACGUAAGUUGGAUCUCAAUACUUUGCAAGAAUGGAAUUUUCUUCUCGGUGGCUCGGUACAGCUUCCAACUUAUAAGGAACUGAGUCUAUUUUUAGUCAACCGACUACGAGCCUUAGAAGCAACACAACACAUAAACGAAUUGUCUAAAAGGUCAAACCGCGCGGGAACCACGAAAUCCCUCGUCUCCGCUGUCGACAAAUCAAAAUGUGUUUUAUGUAACGAAAAUCACGCGCUGUAUCAUUGUACUAAAUUUAAAUUUCUGUCCUUAGGAAAACGUAAGGAACUUGUAAAAAAAUAUCGCUGUUGCUAUAACUGUCUGGGAAAAGGGCACUAUCCCCGCAAUUGUCUCUCGAGCAGGAGAUGUAUUCGCUGCCAACGUCAGCAUCAUACUCCUUUGCACGAGGUAAAGGAAAACGAUAAAUCGGAUGAUGAGAUGGCCGAGUCGGAAAAGGCUGACGACGGAUUAGAGGGCAAAGACGUGGGUGAAUCUACAUCGAAGCAUGCUCUGAAAGCAUUGAUUUCUCAGGAGUCCGACCUCUCACUGCCUCCGGUGCUCCUCGCUACCGCGAGAGUAACCGUUCGCUCUGUCGAAGGUCGUUCCUCUCAACUACGCGCCUUAAUAGACUCGGGCUCGGAAGCCACCUUUAUAUCGGAGCGAGCUGCGCAAAUUUUACGACUAGCUCGCCAAAAAAUUAAAAUUCGGGGUUCGGCUGACGAACCUAUCGCUCAGCUCACUAUUUUCGGCUGGAUCGUCUUCGGAUCUUGCGCUCUCUCUAGGCGACAAGGUCAUUGUGAAACUGAAGGGGUUUCCUGUCUGCAAUCGUCUAUCCGUAGUCCGGAGGACUCUGACCUCCGUGCAUUCUGGGAACUGGAGGAGAUUCCAGAAAUCAAAGUUCUCUCUGAGGAGGAGACUCAAUGCGAACUGUAUUUCGUUUCUACCCACUCUCGCCGCUCCGACGGCCGUUAUAUUGUGAGAUUGCCCUUCAAAAGGGAUGCGGUAACCGAGUUCAGAAACUCUUACCAAAUCGCCUCACGAUCUCUCGAUCGGUUAGAAAACCGUCUCUCCAAGGAUGUUAAACUUGCGGAGGCAUAUCAUCUUUUUCUAAACGAGUACAAACUGCUAGGACAUAUGGUUUCUGUUUCGGGUUUGGAAAACCGAGAUCCUCCGGCUUUUCCCGUUUACUAUAUGCCUCAUCAUCCUGUUCUUAGGGACACGAGUACCACUUCCCCUCUUAGGGUUGUAUUCAACGCUUCUUGUCCCACUAGUUCUGGUACGUCUCUGAAUGGUCAGCUGCUGACUGACCCUAAGCUGCAAUCGGAUCUCCCCACUAUCCUGCUUAGAUACAAAGGCAAACAAGUCUUACCUUUCAAAUUGCUAACCGUAACUUACGGUACCGCUUGCGCGCCGUAUUUGGCAAUGCGCAUUCUGAAACAGUUGCGUUUCGAUGAAGGAACCGAGUUCCCACUGGCCGUUUCCGUCUCGGAAAACUCAACUUAUGUGGACGAUGUACUGUUCGGAGCACACAAUGUUUCUGAAAUUAAAAAACUCCGGGAACAAUUAAACUCUCUCUUGGAAUUGGGAGGCUUUCAUUUACGAAAGUGGACUUCUAAUUCCGAUGAAUUGCUUUGUGACAUACCAAAGUCGGACCUCCUCACAGGUUUCGACGUACCCUUUUUUGAUGAACAAACAAUCAAGGCCUUGGGUCUAGCCUGGAACCCUGAAGCUCGAUUGUCUUUCCUUCCAGUUCAAUCUGACUGA